AUGGCUUCUAUUAUGUUUAUACCAAAGGCCAAGGGCAAAAUUGGAAUGCUAAUGAUGGUUGGCUGUGUUGCUUUGUAUAGAAUUGCUCCAUUCUUGCCAACAAUAUACUGCAAGGUGUGUCUAGUAGUUGGAGGAGAUAUGCAGUUUGCACUAGCAUUGGAUGCGAACUCAGGUCCUCACCCGAUAAGAUCUUGUGAGGGUGGUGGGAUUGACAGGUCAGAACGAUUAAGUAUUAGGGGCAGCAAGCAGGAGAAAGCUUUGAGGAAUAGGUGCUUUGGUGGUAGAGUUGCUGCAACUACACAAUGUAUUCUUACCUCAGAUGCUUGUCCUGAAACUCUUCAUUUUCAAACACAGUCCUCUAGAAAAAGUUAUGCUGAUGCAAACCGUGUAUCUGCUAUCAUUUUGGGCGGAGCUACGCCUGCUGUUCCUGUUGGAGGAUGUUACAGGCUUAUCGAUAUCCCUAUGAGUAACUGCUUCAACAGUGGUAUAAAUAAGAUAUUUGUGAUGAGUCAGUUCAAUUCUACUUCGCUUAACCGCCAUAUUCAUCGUACAUACCUUGGAGGCGGGAUCAACUUUGCUGAUGGAUCUGUACAGGUAUUAGCGGCUACACAAAUGCCCGAAGAGCCUGCUGGAUGGUUCCAGGGUACAGCAGACUCUAUCAGAAAAUUUAUCUGGGUACUCGAGGAUUAUUACAGUCACAAAUCUAUUGAGCACAUUGUAAUCUUGAGUGGCGAUCAGCUUUAUCCGAUGAAUUACAUGGAACUUGUGCAGAAACAUGUCGAGGACAAUGCUGACAUCACUAUAUCAUGUGUGAGAGCUUCUAACAAUGGGCUAGUGAAGUUUGAUCAUACUGGACGUGUACUUCAAUUUUUUGAGAAACCAAAGGGUGCUGAUUUGAUUUCUAUGAGAGUUGAUACCAACUUCCUCAGCUAUGCUAUAGCUGAUGCACAGAAAUAUCCGUACAUCGCAUCAAUGGGCAUUUAUGUCUUCAAGAAAGAUGCACUUUUAGACCUUCUCAAGUCAAAAUAUGCUCAAUUACAUGACUUUGAAUCUGAAAUCCUCCCAAGAGCUGUAGUAGAUCAUAGUGUGCAGGCAUGCAUUUUCAUGGGCUAUUGGGAGGAUGUUGGAACAAUCAAAUCAUUCUUUGAUGCAAACUUGGCCCUUACUGAGCAGCUUUCCAAGUUUGAUUUUUAUGAUCCAAAAAUACCUUUCUUCACUGCACCCUGGUACUUGCCUCCGACGCAAUUGGACAAGUGCAAGUUCAAAGAUGCAUCUAUCUCAGAUGGUUGCUUACUGAGAGAAUGCAGCAUCGAGCAUUCUGUGAUUGGAGUCUGCUCACGUGUCAGCUAUGGAUGUGAACUCAAUGACUGUGUGAUGAUGGGAGCGGAUAUCUAUGAAACUGAAGAAGAAACAUCAAAGCUACUGUUAGCUGGGAAGGUCCCAGUUGGAAUAGGAAGGAACACAAAGAUAAGGAACUGUAUCAUUGACAUCAAUGCUAGGAUUGGGAAGAACGUGGUGAUCACAAACAGUAAGGGCUUCCAAGAGGCUGAUCACCCUGAGGAAGGGUACUACAUAAGGUCUGGAAUUGUGGUGAUCUUGAAGAAUGCAACCAUCAAGGAUGGGUCUGUCAUACAGACCGGGUGCGUGUGUGUCUACAAAACAAGAACCUACAAUGGUAUUACAUCGAUGGAUCGUGUAACUUUGGUAUGGGAAGAGCCGCUUGCCAGGAAGUCCAGCGUUCGGGCGCAAGAUGCAUAG